UGUGGGUACGAUGAUAUUGACGCACACCGGAAGUAUUGCGUUGUUGCUGUGUUGAGGACACAUUUUCGUUUACCUAAAAUCUUGUUCUUUUCGUCGUCAUGGUGACUCUGUAGCUGCGUUUAACUAACCUAACAUUUCAUUAAAACUCAUAUUCGUGCGAACAUGCCGAAAGUCGUGUCCAGAAGUGUCGUGUGUUCGGACACCAGAGACAGAGAGGAGUACGAUGACGGAGAGAAGCCUCUCCAUGUCUACUACUGCCUGUGCGGGCAGAUGGUCCUGGUGCUGGACUGCCAGCUGGAGAAGUUGCCUAUGAGGCCGCGGGACCGGGCCCGGGUCAUCGACGCGGCCAAACAUGCCCACAAGUUCUGCAACGUGGAGGAGGACGAGAACACGUACGUCAAGAGAGCCGAGGGCAUCGAGAGGCAGUACCGCAAGAAGUGCGGUAAGUGUGGCCUGCUGCUCUUCUACCAGCACCAGGGGAAAAACAGCCCCGCCACCUUCAUAGUGGACGGAUCCGUGGUCAAGUUCGGACAGGGCUUCGGUAACACCAGCGUGUACUGCCAGAAGCAGCCGGAGGCUCCCAAGAAAGUCCGCGUGAUGAUGACCAAGCGGACCAAGGACAUGGGCAAGUUCAGCUCCGUCACUGUGUCCACCAUAGACGAGGAGGAGGAGGAGAUCGAGGCCAGGGAGGUGGCGGACUCGUACGCGCAGAACGCCAAGGUGAUCGAGAAGCAGCUGGAGAGGAAGGGCAUGAGCAAGAGGAGGCUGCAGGAGCUGGCUGAGCUAGAGGCCAAGAAGGCCAAGAUGAAAGGGACACUCAUUGACAAUCAGUUUAAGUAGAUUAUUUCCACCUACGAGGGGACACACUGUGACUGUGGAGGUCUUUACAUCCCAUAGUAAAACACAGUUAAUCCUGCUGCUCCAACCAUCUGAUCUGUCCAGUGUUGUGCCAGGUAACAGAUCUCCAAGGGACAAAGACAGUUUGAUAUGCUGGGACAUAGAGGAGUGACGCUGCAUGUGAAGAUGGUGAUGCAGGGACGAAGUUAUGGACCUUUAUUUUUUUAAAUGUUUUUUGUUCCAUAUUAAAAGACCAAAUAAACAAUUUUGGUGUUUUUAA